UGGCGUUAGGCAGGGUAGAUCUAGGUGCCGGCGGUUGCCAUGGCGGCCGUUAGUGAGACCUCUUGGAGACUACGAGAAGAAAAGCCUGGUUCUUUAGUGGGAAGGAGUGACUUUCUGGAAGUUGCCUUGCUGGGGGGUGUACAAGUAAGAGAACAACCCGCACUCCCAGGGGAAGGCUCUUGGGGGUCAAUGUUUUUGCAGGUGAGAUAGAGGCUGCCUGGGGGCCAACCGGGUGAACAUCGGGUGGCCGUUGAGAGCCAGAGAGCUGCGUAGAAUUUGGACUGGGGCUCAACUGACUUGGUUGCAAAUCCCUUCUGCCUUGAAGUUUAGUGAAGACUCUUAAACAUGUCACACUCUCUGCCUAACCCACCUCGUAGGGUUGUUGUGAUUGAGGAUGAAAUGAAGGAAGGAGCCGUGAAUGCUGCCCUAAACUCCCCGGUGCAAUUGGUAAAUUUCAGGCAAAGUUGUUUUCUGCAUGAGGCUGUAUCUAAGUUCUGGCUUUAAAAGUUCCCUGUGCCUGGGAUGCUACCCUCCAAGAAACAGCAGUUGCAGCAUUGUUGCUGGAGGGCCAGCGGAAAGUUGCCUGUUUGUGAAAAUGUGCGACCUCUGUCAGCAGCAGCAAGGUGGAAGGUGUUAGCAGAGAGAAAUCAGCCUGUGGCGCCUGUUGGGGCUUGGGUGGAGAGUGCCCCAGAAGAUACAGAGCAAGAGGAAAGCCUAGCUUUUACUUCAGCAGCUGUAAUUGAAGAGGAAUACAAAGAGCAACAAAAGGAAAAAGAGAUGGUUUUGAAACGCUUUCAAGAAGAGGUCAAACACAGAGUGAACCAGUAUGUUAAGCAGAGAAAAAAACAGCAUCUUCAAAAAUCAUUUGAAGCAGCUCAAAAAGAAGGCUGUGUUGUGAUAGGAUUUUCUGAUUCAGCACUGCAGCUGACCCCCAAGAAAAACACAUGUUUAUUCAGACGCAACACAAAUUCUGCCAUUUGCAGUUCUACUGGUGGGCAGCAACUCAGUAACAUGCAACAGCGGGGAGGAGAAAUGCAAGAAGCACAGUUCUUAGAACAAGCCCAAAGUGUGAGAAAAACAGUGCAGCAGGUCCGUCUCAGGCUGGCUUCCUGCAAGACUGUGUCAGAAGGAGAACCUUCAGAACUGCCAGGAGGUUCCUGGGGCAACCAUCCCAGCACACAGAAGGCAAAAUCCAACACAACGACUGCAGUAAAUACAGGCGAGGGUCAUACCAGUGAGUUUCCUCUGGUGGGAUACCAUGAUCUUCCAGCAGAACUGCAAGAGCAGGAAAUUCAGGAAGGUGGCAAGGGCUGCUACUAUACAAUACAGAUUGGAAAAAUCAGUAGUGACAUAAUGACAGGUGCCACCUCAGCUGUUGGUGCUGAAACCCAAGCUGCUGUGGUCCUAUGGCCUGGAAUAGAGAAAGAAGAAUCAAAGAAAGAGCGUCAAAACCAGUACCUGAGAUACAGACGCCUCUUCAUGGAUAUUGAAAGAGAACAAGUAAAGGAGCAGCAAAGGCAGAAGGAGUUGCAGAAGAAAAUGGACAAAAUUAAGAAAGAAAAAGAGCAUCAGCGCCUUGCAGAGGAACAGAGAAUGCAGGAGACCACCUCCCAUGAAGUUCCUAACUCUAGUGAGAAAGCUUGUGAAAAAUUGGAACAGCUUAAGCUAGAGGAUGUGAAAGAAAAGAAAAAGAUAGCAAAACAACAGAGACACAAAGAAUAUGCAAGAUAUGUAGAAGCAUUACGGGCCCAGAUGGAGAAGAAAAUCAGAAUGUACAAUAUCAGCUUGCCAUCCUUGUGCUUCUGUGGGUCAGAUUUCUGGGACUGUCAUCCUGAUAGCUGUGCCAAUAAUUGCGUGUUUUAUAAAAAUCAUAAAGCAUAUGCUCAAGCCUUGAGAUCUGUGAUCUCUUCUUGUAAUGUUUUCGAUGGGGGUUCAGACUCAAGACUUGCUCUUCAUACAUUUGCUACUGUACAUGCCCGUUCUGAGAAGAAUUCUUAAAAGACAGUGGUGCUUCCCUUUCUCCUUCUGACCAGUCAAGACUUCUGCAAACACAAGCAUGCCCAAGUUCCUCUGAGUUCUGACCCUAAGUCCCACUUGAACCAGAAAAGAGACCUGCCUGAUGGUAAUCUUCCUUUCCCCUCCUCUGCCAGUUUCAGUCUCUUAUAAGAUAUCACCAUAAUAUAAAUUCUUAUACGUGCCACACAAAGGAAUAAGCCUUGGAAGAAGCAAUGGAUCGAUCAAAGACUGGGCAAAUGUGGCCAACUCUGCAGGGACAUUCAAUCAAACAUGGUGGCUUAUACUCUAGGAUUUUGGGUUUUGCUUUUUUUAGAACUAAGCAGCAGCAACAUUUCCUUUCUGCUCAUCUCAUUUUACUUAGAAAUGUCCUUGGCUUAGCUCAAGGCUACUCUCUUCCUCCUCUAGACUGUAAAAAUGCAACUGAAGUCCUAUGAUUGCUCCAGAAGGACAGCUAACAUCACCAGCUAUGAUGCUUCACAAGGCUAAUAUCACCAGCUAUGAAUGAUUACUCACAUGUGAAAAAAUUCAACCAAAUACGUUUUCCAGUAAUAUUAAUAAACAAUUCACCUACUCACAUGAUGGAAUGAAAUUGUGAUCUAUCCUGAGUUUUGUGACUUGAGAAUCUGUUGAUGACUUCUUUGGUUCAUGGUUUAGAUGUGAGAAGAAGGCAGGGAAGGCUGUUGAAAUGGUACAAUUUCCUUUUGUUAUAACUUGCCCCAAGAAAUUUCUGAACAAAUGAUUUUUUCCCUAUUUUUUAUAAAGUAAAUAUUUUAAACAGAUUCUAAAGCCAAACUUCUUGGCACAAAAAAUAUUGUGAGAUGCUGUGUUCUGAUCCACACCAGCUACAAGCAAACAUGCUGUUUCAGGCAUUAGGCAUAGUGAUAGUUCUCUCAAUACCUCAAAUUUGACUUUUUUGAUCUUUAUAUAAUCUGAAUGUUGUGUGUUUCAUGUAGCAUUACAGCAGCCCUCUCUAGAUUCUGCAUGUGAUGCUUUGUAAACAGUCUAACUAGACAACAGCCUUUUGUUACACUUCUGUAUAAAUAAUAAAUGUGUAUAUAUAUAUAUAUAUA